AUGAUGCAUGUUAAUGGCGGUUUAAAUUACAAGGAGGCUCUCACCAAGUCCCUUAUCUUCCUUGAGGCACAACGUUCAGGGAAGCUCCCCGAAGAUAACAGGGUGCCUUGGAGAGGAGACUCAGCACUCGACGAUGGAAAACUCGUUCAUGUGGACCUGGUCGGGGGAUACUAUGAUGCAGGGGACAACGUGAAAUAUGGUCUCCCCAUGGCUUUCACCGUUACUACGCUAGCAUGGGCUGCUAUUUUUUACAGGUCAGAAUUUAAAGAAGCAGAAGAGUUGAAUAAUCUUCGCGAUGCCAUUCGUUGGGGUACCGAUUAUUUUCUCAAAGCUAGUUCUCGACAAAAAAGAUUAUACGUGGAGGUAGGGGACGCGGAAGAGGAUCACAAUUGUUGGCUUCCACCAGAACAUAUGAAGACAAAGAGAACGGUUAAGAUGAUUGGUGAUGGCACACCCGGGAGUGAAAUUGCAGCUGAAACUGCAGCUGCAAUGGCUGCUUCUUCCAUUCUUUUCCAAAUGGCCAAAUCGCAUAAAGGAACCUAUGAUGGAGAGUGUCCCUUCUACUGCUCUUAUUCCGGCUAUAAUGACGAACUGAUGUGGGCAGCAACAUGGCUAUUCAUGGCUACGAGGAAAUCAACGUAUUUGAAGUACAUACUAGAAGAAUCCAUAAGUGCUAGUGUAGCAGAAUUUAGUUGGGACCUUAAAUAUGCUGGAGCUCAAGUCCUUCUUAGCCAGUUAUAUUUCCAAGGUGAAGAGAGGUUCCAAAUAUUCAGAAACCAUGCCGAAAGUUUCAUAUGCUCUGUCCUCCCUGAUAGUCCUUACCACCAGAUUACAAUGUCUCCUGGAGGCUAUAUUCAUUUAAGAGACGGAGCAAACUCGCAGUAUGCCACGAGCAGUGCUUUCUUGUUUUGUGUAUAUAGUGAUUUGCUUGCCAAGUAUAACUCGAAAGUCGUUUGUGGAGACAAGAAAUUUAGCUCUUCCCAUCUUCUUGAUUUUGCUAAGAAACAAAUGGAUUACCUUCUUGGGAAAAACCCUGAAGGAAGAUCGUACAUGGUAGGAUUUGGAAAGAACCCACCAACGCAAGCUCACCACAGAGGUGCUUCGGUGCCUAAACUGGAAAAGGGUGUAGAGCUGUCUUGUGGCGAGAGCUUCUCAAAAUGGCUCAAUAGAGAUGAACCUAACCCCCAUGAACUGACUGGUGCCAUUAUGGGUGGACCUGACCGCAUGGACAAGUUCAAGGAUAAACGUUGGGAGUCACCCUACACUGAGCCAUGCACCUACGUCAAUUCUCUAGCUGCUGGAGUUCUGGCUAAGCUUGCAUCUUUGCAUUGA